AUGGCUGCUCCCCGACUUUUCCGCCCAGCAGCUCGUCUGCUUUCUUCGCGCCUUACUUCGGCUCCCCUUCGCCCUCAGACCGCAUGCGCGCCCUCAAUUCUUCGCUUCCGGGGAUAUGCUACGGAAUCUGGAACCAAGGAGGUCACUGUCCGUGAUGCUCUGAACGAGGCGCUCGCCGAGGAGCUGGAGAGCAACAAGAAGACUUUCAUUCUUGGAGAGGAGGUUGCGCAGUACAACGGAGCUUACAAGGUAACGAGGGGUCUGUUGGACCGCUUCGGUCCCAAGCGGGUUAUUGACACCCCCAUCACGGAAGCCGGUUUCUGUGGUCUCGCCGUCGGUGCUGCUCUUGCUGGACUGCACCCCAUUUGCGAGUUCAUGACCUUCAACUUCGCCAUGCAGGCUAUCGAUCAUGUCAUCAACUCUGCUGCCAAGACCCACUACAUGUCUGGUGGUAUCCAGCCCUGCAACAUCACCUUCCGUGGACCGAACGGUUUCGCCGCUGGUGUUGCCGCCCAGCACUCCCAGGACUACUCCGCUUGGUACGGCAGUAUCCCUGGUCUGAAGGUUGUCGCUCCCUGGAGCUCGGAGGAUGCCAAGGGUCUGUUGAAGGCUGCCAUUCGCGAUCCUAACCCCGUCGUUGUUCUUGAGAACGAGCUGCUGUACGGUCAGGCUUUCCCUAUGAGCGAGGCCGCUCAGAAGGAUGACUUUGUUCUUCCUAUUGGCAAGGCCAAAAUUGAGCGCCCCGGAAAGGACUUGACCAUUGUCACCCUCUCCCGCUGCGUUGGACACUCGCUCAACGCUGCUGCCCAGCUCAAGCAGAAGUACGGUGUUGACGCUGAGGUCAUCAACCUUCGUUCCGUCAAGCCCCUCGACGUUGAGACCAUCAUCCAGUCGCUCAAGAAGACUGGUCGCAUCAUGUGCGUCGAGUCCGGUUUCCCCAUGUUCGGUGUCUCCUCUGAGAUCCUCGCUCUCUCCAUGGAGUACGGUUUCGACUACCUGACUGCUCCUGCCGUCCGUGUCACUGGCGCCGAGGUCCCCACCCCCUAUGCCGUUGGUCUCGAGAACAUGAGCUUCCCCCAGGAGGACACCAUUGUCAGCCAGGCUGCCAAGCUGUUGCGCCUGUAA